GCUGCCAAGAUGCAGCUCGCGGCUAGCUGAGUUAGCAUGUAGCCAGACAAAGUCAGCUGGCCGGAUCAGCUUCCGGUAGAACCGGUACCGGUUUUAAAUAACUGACCCGCACCGCCGAACCCCCCCGAGGACUCCUCCGGCACUGGUGUGAAGCCUUCCGCGCUGCUAACCAGCCGCCAGGACGGCUAACCCCGUUAGCAUAGCAUUGGGCGACGCUAGCUAGAAACUUAAAUAACGUCUGACUCCUCCGCUUUCUGCCGGCGCCGCCGUCAGCGAGCCUCCGGGUUCCACGAUCAGCUCAUUGUGCUUCUCCAGCCCAGUCGUCCUCUGUAUCUCCGCCGGGGCCUCCUGGACGCUCCGCCGAGCUGGAGCCGAGACCAGUGGGGCAGUUUAGCGUUAGCAUCGGUGCGUUUCCCUGCCACUCUGCCGUCCACCUUAAUGUGUCCCUCGGAGGACACGCGGACAAACCGGCUGCGCGGGUCCACGCGCCGCCCCUCCGUGUUACACGCAGCGGGGGGGGGGCCGCCAACCACCCGGGGCAACCAGACCAGUUCGACCUGAGGCGCGUCACGUGGGUGGACCGGUUCUACCAGGUGAUCGCGGCCUGCUCGGGCCCGCUGCCAGCGGUCUCCGCGUGAUCCCGUGACCCACAUACCGGCCCGUGUCGGGCCCUGCGGGACCUGCUGCUGGACCAUUGACGAGAGGGAAGAGCGGCUCCUUCCUCUAAACUUUUACAUCACGGCUUAAACCAUCAUAUAACACACGUUACACUAAGUAUUGUUAUGUAGAUGUGUGGUAGCAGAGGCUGGCCUGCCAGAGGGCUGAACUCUCAUCAUGCUCAAAUGGCUUUCUGGGGAAGAGGGGGCGCCCGGCUCUGCGCAGGGUCCAGGCUCUCCGGGCGGCGCUGCAGGCGGCGGCGGCGGCGAGGUGGCCGUGGAGGAAAUGGCGGAGCGGCUGGGCCAAACGGAGCUGCUGGUCGCUCAGCUGAAGGAGUUGAUCCGGGAGAAGGACGCGGCACUCGGCUCCAAAGAGGAGCAGCUUAAGGUGGAGAAGGAGGCGUGCGAGUCCAAACUGUCCAAGCUGCGUCUGCAGAACAAGGCCAAGGUGACCUCGCUGACCUCUCAGCUGGAGGAGCUGAGGAAGCAGCAGGGGGGUCAGGGCACGCCGACCCGUGGAAAAAAGGGCUCAUCGGAGGGAGAGCACGCCAGUCGGGGAAAGAUUGUCCUGUUGAAGAAAAAGGUCGAGGAGCUCGAGCAGCAGCUCGCACAACGACAAGAGGAGCUGGAUCACAAGGCGAAGGCGGUGGAGUCGCAGCGGCAGCGCGGCGAGGAAAUGGACGCCAUGCUGACGGAGAGGGACAGGAAGCUGGCGGAAAAGGAGGCGUACAUUGUUCACCUGCAGACGGCGCUGGCGGGAGAUCGGCCUGCUGCACCGGCCCCACAGCCGAAGGAGGCGGAGGACGGCGCAGCGAUGCAGGAGCUGCAGCUGCUGGUGCAGAGCCUCACCAGGAAGGUGGGGGAGGCAGAGGAGCGCUACAGUUUGCUGCAGGAGCAGGCGGAGAGCCUCAAGGAGCUGGUGGCCUCCGAGAAGGAGCAGUACCUCCAGAAGGAGACCAUGUACAAGCAGAACAUCCAGACAUUCAAAGACAUCCUAAUUCAGAAGGACAAUCAGCUGACGGAGAUCAGCCGGAUGCACGAGCAGGAGCUCUUCAAGCUGGCGGCGAAGUCCGACGCCAGCGCGGACCUGGAGCAGCUUUUGAAGGCGCUGAAGCAGAAGCUCCAUGAGAAGGAGGAGGUGCUUCUGGGUAAAACGCAGGUCAUUGAUGUUCUCCAGGGAGAGGUGGACGGCCGGGACCAGCAGAUACAGGAGCUGGUGGAGCGGCUUCGUCGGCUGCAGGUGGAGCGGGAGAGUCUGGCCUCCCGGAUGGAGGCGGAGAAGCACGUGAUGCGAGCGCAGCUCCGCGACCUGAUGGAGAAGCAGCAGGCGGAGGUGCAGCGCAUGACGGAGCAGCACCGGGCCCUGCUGGACCAGACGCAGCGGGAUCUCCAGGCGCAGCCGGAGGAGCCCAGGAGGCGGGAGGCGGAGCCGGGCGCCGCCCACGGGACGGAGGAGCUGGAGGCUCGAGCAAAGCAAAAGACGGAGGAAGCCAGAAGAGCAGAGGACAAGUUCCUGAAAAUGAAGGCGUGGUCUAAAACCCGGAUCAGACAGCUGGAGGAGGAGCUAAGGAAAAGCCAGGCUGGAGGAGCCCCCCCGGACAUGACGGCGCUGCGGAGUCGUGUCACCGCACUGGAGGAGGAGAGGGAGGAGAACGUCUGGAAGGUGGAGCAGUACGAGGAGCUCAAAGCCAAGAACGAGAUGCUGGAGGCCAAGCUGGUGGUGUACGAGGAGCAGCAGAGGACACUGCAAGCCGACCUGGAGCAGUUCACCAAGCGGGCCGCCUCCCAGGCCAGCGAGUCCGGCAGCGCCGACGAGGCCCAGAGCCAAGUGCUGGAGUGGCAGGAGAUGGUGGUGGAGGCGGUUGGCGCCAGGGACCGGGCCAAGGAGGAGCAGGCGGCCAUGGCCCUCCGCAUCAGCCACAUGGAGGAGGAGAGAGAGGAACUGAUUGAGGAUGACUGGUUCUUUCCUGGCUGCUCCGAUCCAGCACUGGCCACCCGGCAGCGGGAGUUGGAGGAGGAGCUGACUCAAGCUCGGGGGCUCGGCCACGCCCCCCGGGCCAAGGCGCCGCCCCCCCCGGCCCAGCGGAGCCUGCAGGACGACUUUGAGUUUGACGGACAGGCCUCGUUCCAGGACCCCCGGGGCCCCUCGGAGAGCACGACCCCGAUGGAGGGAGAGAACAUGGGAGGUUGGUGGCCCGAGUUCAGUGCCCCUGACACAGAUGGCCUGCGCUCCGUGGUGGAGGAGCUGGAGCUGGAGAGGAACCAGCUGCAGGAGCAGAUCCUGAGCCUGGAGGAGCACUGCCAAGAUCUGGAGGACCGGCUGCAGCUGCAGGCGCGCAUUGAGGCCUUACAGAACGAGUCGGAGAGACUUCAGAGUCAGCUGACCGGCCUCCGCAGUCAGCAGAGCCGAGACGCAGAGAACCACCAGCUGCUGGUGGCCAGCCUCAACGAACAGCUCAAAGGGCUGAGCAGCACGCAGGAGAGCCUGGAGAGCUCGCUCAUCGAGAAGGACAACGCGUUGGCCAAGACGUCCGAGAAGCUGGAGCUCAUCAGCGGCCUCCGGGAGUCUUUGGGCGAGAAAGAGGCCGAGUGCAGAGAGGCGUCCGACAAGCUGCUCCAGGCCGAGCGCGCUCUCCUGGACGCUUCCAGUAAGCGCAGCAGCUCAGAGAAGCAGUGCUCCGAGCUGAGAGCAGAGGUGGUCGACCUCGCGCAGAAGCUGAGCGCGCUGAAGGAGAAGACACAAAAGCAGGAAGUCACCAUCGACACUUUACAGACGGAGCUGGAUCAGACCAACGAGGAGCUGGACAAACUGAACUCCGCCCACUUGGAGGAACGAGCUCACCUCAUUCACGACCUGCAGGGCUGCGAGCGGGAGAUCGACCGACUCAAAGACGUGCUGCUGGAAAAGGAGGAGGAGAUCCAGACCCUCUCCGGGAGCACGGCGGAGUACGCGGAGCAGGUCACGGCGCUGAAGCAGGAGGUCAAGCUCAAGGAGGAGAGCCUGGUCCGCGCUGAGAGCUCUCUGGGUAAGGCGGAGCGGGAAGCCGCAGUUACCAGAGAGUCGCAGACCUCAGAUCAGCAGGCGCUGGACAGCAAGAUCACGCAGCUGGUGGAGAAGGUGAAGGACGCCGAGGCGGAGCUGCUCAAGGCCAAAGACGAGCGAGAGUCCAAGGAGGCCGAGGCAGAACGUCUGACGAGGCAAAAUGAGGAGGACCGGAGAGCUAUCCUGGACCUUCGGGGGGAGAUCCAGCAGCAGCUCGAGAGCCAUCGCAGUCGUCUCUCAGAACGAGAAGCACACAUCGCUGCACUACAGGAGCGGCUCACCGCCGCCACGCAGAAGCAGCAGGAGUCCGACGAACUCCUCCUGCAGCUCAAGGACCGGAGCACCGGCAGCGAGCGGCUGCAGCAGCAACUCCGUGACAAUGAAAGAGAACUGAAGACCUUCAAGGACGAGAAGAACGGCCUCCUGGCACAGGUGGAGAACUGCAGCAGGGAAAUGCAGACCUUGUCCAAACGGUUGGAGGAACAAACGCAGAGUGAGGAGCACGGCAGGAGAGAGCUUCAAGAGAAACGGGAAACCAUCGAGACACUGGAAGGCCGGCUAAAGAGCACCGAUGAGCAGGCCGAGGACGACCGGCAGAAGCUCAACGACCGCCUGAAAGAGAACGAGAAGCUGAGCAGCGAACUUCUAAACAAAUCUGAAAGCAUCUCCAAACUCAAGAGUCUGCUGAAAAGCAUGAAGACGGAGAAGAAGCAGCUCCAAGAGAAGCUGCAGGGGCUGACGGAGGAGCUGGAGCAGCACAAGCAGAGCGUGGAUCAGCUCACAGAGAAGAACGCCGCCGCUCUUGAACUCCACCGCGGUCUCGUGGAGCAAGUGCACGGCCUCGCCGAGGAGAAAGCCAGGCUGGAACUGCAAGUAGCAGAGAGCGCCGAGACCGUGGGAGGAGUCACACUGGAGAGGGACUCGCUGGGGACGCAGCUUUCGCAGAGCGCCGCCGCGAUCGAAGGGCUGCGAGGCGACAACGAGCGCCUGACCCUUCGAGCUCACGAGCUGAACCGGGCUCUCGAGCAGAGCGCAGAGACUCUGCUGGCCAAAAGCGCCGAAUGCAGGAACCUGGAGCAGCGCGUCCGGAGCUUGUCAGCCGAGGUGGAGCAGCUCCAGCACCAUCACCGAUCACAGGCGGAGGCGCGGCAGACGGAACUGCAGGAGAAGGAGACGCUGCAGAGUGAGCUCGCUCUCCUCAAGAACGCGGCGAUCACACUGGAAGCCGAAGCCGCGUCGCUGAGCGAGGAGCGCUCACAGCUCCGCCGGCUGCUGACGGAGCGAGAGGAGGCGCUGAGCAGCGCGACGCGCAACGGCCUGAAACGCAAGGAGGAGCUGGACGACGCCAACAACGCCGUGAAGUCUCUGAGCGAGCAAAUCCGCCUGCUGCAGGAAGACGGGAAGAGGCGGGAGGCCGAAGCGGAACUGGAGCACGCCGGCUUAGACGACCGCGUCCAGGCGCUGACGGAGCAAAACCGCCAGCUCCGCGCCGCGUGCGAGUCCAGCGAGAGGGAGCUGGCCCUGCAGAGCCGGGCGCGCGCCGACCUCGAUGGGCAGCUCAGGGCCACGUCGGAGCAGAACGCCGGCCUGAGCCUGAAGGUCAGCGGCCUGACGCAGAGCAACGAGGCGCUGCGAGCGUCGCUCUCUGAACUGAGUUUACUGCGAGAACAAAGCUCAGAGGAUCAGAAGGUUAUUAUGGGCCUGUUGAAGGACAAGGAGGCGCUCGCCUCGGCGGGGAACGAGUUGAAAAACGUGCAACAGUCAAACUCUGCAAGUUUGCUGGAGAAAACGAGGGAAUGUGCUUCUCUUUCUGAAGCGCUGCGGCAGAGCGAGGAGCAGCUCCAGGGUCAACGGGAGCAAGUCGCUCGACUCAGCCGGUCGCUGGACGAGAAGCAGGACGAGCUGCUGGGCCUUCAGGACACCGUGUCCACGCUCCAGCAGCAGGAAGCCCAGCAGCUGAAGGCCCUUCAGAGUGAAGAGCAGAAGGAGCAGACCUUCAGAGACCUGCUGGACGAGUUUGAAAAGCAGAAAGAGGAGCUGAGCAGACGCAACGAGUCUGUGUUCUCGCUCAGCGAGCAGCUCGCCGCCAUGAACCACAGCGCCGCCGAGGCCGAGGCCGAGACCAGCGGCCUGAAGGCGGCCGUGCAGCAGCUGGAGGCGGAAAACAGGCGUCUGGCGCAGAGCGAGGAGCGGAGCGGAGCAGAGAGGGUCCACUUCAACCAAGACCUCCGCGCGCUGAGUGAGCAGAACGCAAGUUUGAAAUCCGCACUCCAGGAAGCGGCGACGGAGAUCGCCGCCGCGCGCCGAGAGGCCGAACGCCUCCACGCGGCCGUCUCUGAGGGCGAAGACAAACUCCAAGGUGCGAGCGCGGAGAAGCAGAGGCUCUGUUCGACGGUGCAAGCGAGAGACGAGUCCCUGCAGCAACACGAGGCGCUGAUCCGGCGCCUCAGCGGGAGGAUCAGCGAGCAGGAGCGGCAGCUGGAACAGAAGGCGCACGACAUCGCCGCUUUGACCGCAAAGCUUUCGGAGCUGGAAGAUUCUGCCGGGGAACUCCGGGGACGAGUUGACCGCCUUUCUUCGGAGUCUUGUCUUCUUAGGAACUCUUUGGAGGAAAAAGAACAGCUGAGUCUUGAGCACCAGAGUCGUUCUUCAGCUGCCGGCGAGCAUCUGCGAGCCAAGGAGGCCGAGUGUGAGGGCCUGAAAGAACUCGCCUCCCGCCUGGAAGAGUCGCUCGCCAGCAGCCUCCGCGCUCACGCGUCUGAGGCGGAGAGCCUCAGACGGGCCGUGCAGGAGAAGGAGGCAGCUCUCGGGGAUGUUCGGAGACGAGCAGAUGAGGCGGCGCUCCUCGAGACCCGGUUCAGGGAGAGCGCGGAGCUGGUGUCCCACCUUCAGAGUCAGAUUCGGCUCCUGUCUGCAGAGUGUGAACAGCUCAGAACGUCUGCAGGGGAAACGCAAAGUGCCUUCAACCGCCUUCAAGAGAAAUCCGCUGCCGACUGGGAGGAGCUGCAGGCGGCGAGGAAGCAGCUGUCCCAGACCGCCGAGGAGCUGUCCGGCCUCCGGAGGGUACUGGACGACGCCGGCGCCGAGCGGCAGACGGCAACCGCAACCAUAGAGACGCUGAGAAACGAAGCCCAGGAGCUGAACUCCAGCCUGUCCAAGCAAAAGGACGAAGCUCUGGCUUCUCAUCAAGCCAGCGUGGCGCUGCUGACCGCGGAGACGGAGGCACUCAAAUCGCAGCACCUGCAAGUCGUGGCGCAGAUGAACGCGCUGACGGAGAACCUGGAGCAGAGGGAAAUGGCUCUCCACGCCAUCAACAGCCAGUACGCCGCGCAGGCCAAGCACGCGUCCCGGCUGCUCUCCGAGAUGCAGGAGCUGGAACGGCAGAACGAGCGACUGACCGAGGAGAAGCAGGAGCACCAGAGGCGCCUCGAGGCCGCCGGCAAUGAGAAGACGCGUCUGCAGGAGGAGGUUAGGAAACAUCUGGCCGAGAGGGAGGAGCUGGAAAGGAGGUUUCAGCGAGUGCAGCGGGAGCUGCAGGUCCAGGUGGAGCAGAAGUCGAGCAGCCUGAGCCAAAUAAUGGAGCAAACGAUGUCCGAGAAGGAGAACCUCCAAGCUAAGGUUAGUGCUGGAGACCAAGAGGUUUCUCUAUUAAAAGAAAACAUUGAAAAGAUAGAGCAGGUUCUGCAGGAUUCUGAGAGCGAGUGGCUGUUAGUUCUGGAUAGAGAGAAGCAGGAUAAACUCCUGCUCGCAGAGCAAUUGAGAAGUGUUGAGAAUGAAAUGAAGUCUAAAGAUGUGAAAGUCUGUGCUUUGAAGGGAGAGUUGGACCGCUUGCAGCAGAAGCUGGCAGAGGCCUCCGCCGCGAUCAGGCAGGGCUGCGAUCAGCUGAGCGCCAAGGAGUCUGAGGCGUCGGCGUCCAGGACUCAGCUUGAGAAGGUUCUACGGUCCGUCCGGGAGAAGGACGAAGACAACAGUCACCUGCAACGGGCUCUGAGCGCCGCAGAACAAGAGCUGCACAAACUUGUAGGGAGAAAAUCCGCCGGUGACAAAGCGUGUGAGAGGUCGGCUGCUUCCCUACAGGACAUGAUUCAACAGUUGCAAGAAAGCCAUCGGGCCGAGGUGGAGGCUUUGAGAGACCAGCUGGAGGAAACCAACUGCAGGCUGCAGAAAAGCCAGAGCGCGCUCGGUGGAGGCGAGAGACGCGAGGACGAGAGGAUUCAACAAGUUGCUCUUCUGAAAGAGAAGGCGGAAGAGCUGCAGACUCGACUCGACGCCGAGGCGAAAGAAGCAGCUGUCAAACACGCUUCUUUGCGCAGCGAGUCACGAGCAAAAGACGAGCAGAUCGGCUGUCUGAGCGUUCAGAUCGCUCAGCAGAAGGAGCUGCUCGCCGGACUGAGCCAGCAGCUGAGGGAGAGAGACGCGUCCGUCGGCCAGCUCAUCCACGCCGCCUCCAGUGAGAGGAUGAGGCUCGGGGAGGAAAUGAGGUCUCUGACGGCACAAUUGGAAAGUGCAGAAGAAGAACUCCGAGCCUCCAGGAAGCGGUUCGGAGAGGCUUCCCGGCCGUUAGAGGAACCUCUGUGUGGCCCUCGGGGAGAAAUUGAGGCCGAGAACUGUGAGAAGCUCGAGCUGAUCAACAAAAACGACGAUCUGAAGAGUGAACUGGCCAAAGUGUCGAAAGAGAAAGACGCAACCAAGAAGAAGCUCCAAGCCGCUCUGCUGGCGAGGAAGGAUCUGUUGAAGAGAAUUGAGCAAUAUGAAAAGCAAAGCGAUAACAGCGAGCGUUCACUUUCACAGGCAGAGACGUAUCAGGAGAACAUUUCUCUCCUUGAAAAGAAGCUCCUCGAGAGGGAAACGCAGAUUCUCAACCUCACGGCAGAAAGCACGAGACUGGUGGAGCAAUGGCAGUCAGAGAAGCACAUGCUGCAAGCUGCGCUGGGCGACCGGGAAGAGCGUCUAUCGGAGGCUCUGCGGAAGCUGACCGAGGAACGUCAGCUGCAGUCCAGAGCGGAGGAGGCGUACCAGCGAGACCGGACCGGCUGGGAGCUGAAGUCAGAGCAGCUUCAAAAGGACUCGGAGGAGCAAUCUUCCUCCACGGCUUCUGCCGUCCAUUUGGAAAAGGAGCUGGCGCAGAUGAAGCUGGAGAAGGCGAAGGUUCAGAAGAAGGCCCAGGCCGCUCUGCUGGCACGCAAAGAGACGCUGAAGAAGGCUCAGGAGAACGAAAAGAAGUUGACUCAAGAGCUGGGCGAGCUGAAGGACGACUACAAGGCUCUGCUGCAGCAGCGCUGCCAGCAGACCAACGAGCUCAACGCCCUCCAGCUGGACUUGGGCGAGAAGGUCGUGGAGCUGGAGGAACUCCGCCACAGAUCGUUGUCCCACCUGGACGAACUGGCCACUUUGAGGCAGCUUGUCCAGGAGAGGGAUGAAACUCUGCAGGAUGUGAAGAUGUGUCUGGCGGAGAAGGAGAGCCAGUGCCACUCUGUGGCUCACCUGCACACGGAGCUUGAAGAUGUUAAAUCCAAAUUGGAGAGCUCGUCUCGUGAGGCGGCGAGUGGAAACCAGGCUCUGGUAGCCGCGGAGCGAAGAGCAGAUGCACUGAAAUCCAAACUUGAGAAGGACUUUGAGAAAGCUCACGCAGACGCAAAAGAGAGAGCGCAACAAGUUGAGAGAUAUCGGGAAGCAUUUCAAGCCGCUGAGCUAAAGAGCCAGCAGGAGAAGGAGGACUUAAGGAACCAGCUGAGCGUCUCUCGGCAACAAGUGCACACGAAUGAGGACAAAUAUCAACUCCUGAUGGAGCAGAACAAGGCUCUUCUGGAGAAAAGUGCCCAGAUGAAAGUGGAGCUUGAGGCUUUAGCGUCACAGAAACCAGAAACGCAAAGUGCUGCGACUGAGGAGCUUGAAAAAGCACAACUGCUUUGUUCUGAAACACAAAGAAAGUUGGAUUUGUUAAAGCAAGAGAAUGAAAACGCUUCCAGGUCGAUGGCUGAGCUCCGGGAUGAGGUCACAGCGCUGCGUGGCGAGCAGCAAACACACAAACAGGAAGCCGGUUCCUCCAGGAGGUCACGGGACGAGGCUUCUCGGCCGCCGCUCUCAGAGAAGGAAGAAGCGAGUCCUGCACUCAAACUGCCGUCGCAGCGUCCGGUUCAAGAGGUUGAAAGCAUGAGAACGGAGGCUGAGCUUCAAAAGUCUCCAGACGGCGGCUCCAAGGCCAAAGACCAGGAGAGCAAAGUGUGUCUCCUGACCAGGAAGCUCCAGGCAGCUUUAGUCUCCAGGAAAGAGCUCCUGAGGGAAAACGCAACCCUCAAAGAAGAAGCGGAGAAGCUGUCGACCCGACACGAGCUGUCGGUGCUGCAGUUAAAAGAGCAGAACGCGGCGCUGCAGAGCUCGCUGUCGUCUCUGACCAGGGACAAGGAGCAGCUCUGGGCAGACAACCAGAGCCUCAAGCUGACUGUCGAGAACAUCACGCAGCAGAAGCAAGCCUUCUCCUGCCAGCUGGAGUCUCUGAAGGACUCUCAGACGGAGGAGCUGUCCAAGUGGAAGUCAAAGCACGCCGACCUGAAACGGGAGUGCGAGUCUCUGCGGCAGGAAGCCCUCCAAAAGGUCCACCAAUGUGAGACCCAGAUGGAGAUCCUGGACAAGCGAGCUCGAGAGACGGAGGAGGACAACGGGAGAAUUAAAGAGAAGAUGCACAAGUUCUCCAAAGAGAAGCGGCAGAAGAUCGAGCAGCUGGAGGACGAGAACCUGAAAAUUAGAGAAGGGCUGAUUGAGCUCGAGGAAAACCACAAACUGGCAACGCGCUCGCUGACGGAUAAAGAGGCGGAGAUCUGCAGACUUGGAGAGAAGCUCACCGAGUUCCAGGCUGAGAACGGCCGACUGGCGGAGAAGCUGGAGGAGGCGAGCAGAUCUUUGGAGGAGAAGCACUCCGAAUCAAAGACGUACACCAACGUCAUGCAGCGCAAACUGGAUGAAGCACUCGGUCUGAAUCGCUCCCUCACGGCUCAGAUCGAGGCCCACAAAUCGGAACUCGGAGCUCAGCUGGAAAUCGACCGUCUGUUGCAAAAGGAGAAGCAGAAUCUUUGCGAGCGAUUGGAGGAGAUGCAGCGCGAUCACGAGCUGCAGCUGGGAAAGACCGGCGGGGACGUGGACGAGCUCCAAGACGCCGUCGAGCGACUCACCCGAGAGAGCACCAGCCUCCACGAGAGGACGAGGCUCCUGGAGGACGACAAGUCUCUUCUGCAGGAGGAGCUUGAAAACAUUCAAGUGAUUUCAAAGAAGGUGAAAAAUGAAAACGAACAUCUGGAAACUGUGGUCCUGAGAAGCUCUGAGACGAUCGACGAACUCCGCGAGUCCGUCUGCGUUCUGCAAACCCGGAACUCGCAGCUGUCCUCUCAGCUGGCGGCGAGCCAGGAGACGAGCGCUCGCGUUCGCCAGGAGAAAGAGGAGGAGCAUCUCAAACUGGUCCGGGAGUUUGAGAAAAAGCUCGAGACGGUUCAGAGAGGCAGCGAGGGCUCCAAGAACGUGAAGAAAGAACUGCAAGAGCUGCUCAGAGAAAAGCACCUGGAGAUAAAUCACCUUCAGCAAAACUGCAUCAGAUACCAGGAAGUCAUUUUGGAUCUGGAGAGCGCUGUGAAGAGCUCGCGCUCCGCCUGUGAGCACCUGGAGAGCGAGCUGAGCAAAAGCUCCCAGCAAGUCUUGGCUUUAGAGGAGGGAAGUAAACUGGUGGAAGCUGAGCUGAUGAGGCACAAGGACCUCCUCCAGGAGGCCACGGAGAAGAUCCAGAACGUUGAGUCCGAACGAGACCAACUGGCGCUGAACAUCUCACAGGAAACAAAGACAUCUGAGAAUAACCAAAUCCCAGAAUCACCAUCGAACCGAGAUGAGAAACAAUCCAAUUCUUAUUUGGAGAAUCAGCUCAUGCUACAGCAGCAGGUGGAAGACCUGAAGGACCUGAAGGACAAGGAGAGUCAGAAAGUGGAAGAGCUGAGGCAGCACUUAGACGCUCAAGACCUUCAGAUAAACACCCUGAAGAGAUCGGCGGUGACCAGCGAGGCUAAGCUGUCGGCCGUGUGCGCCUCUCCUCUAGGCGCAGAUGCCUCCAAGCGCUGGACUCAUUUGUACCAGAAGACGCUCCACGAGAAGGACAGCCAGCUCCUGGAGCAGGGCUUUGUCAUCAAGCGCUUCCUGGAGGACAUGAGAGUGAAGGACAAAGAGGUGAGUGAGCUCCGAGUGACCAAGUCCAGGCUGGAGAGGAACCUCGGCGAGUCCUCGGUGGCCGCGGCGGCGCAGCAGAGGCAGCUGUUUGUCCUGGGCGCGAGCAACGCCGAGCUCUCCGAGGCCGUGGAGCUCCUGGGCGUGCAGGUGAAGGAGCUCGGCGCGCACGCCCGAAGGAUGGAACGCGACAGGAACGAGCUGAAUCGCCAGCUCGCCGACAAGGAGGACGUGAUUUCCUGGACGCAGCUGAACCUGCAGCAGGUGGAGAAGAGCAACGCCGACUCGGAGGCCCGGCUGUUCCUCUCGCAGGCCCUGAGGGACAAGGUCCAAGCUGACUUUGAGAAGCAGGAGGGGAUUUCCCUCCAGCUGAAGACCCUCCUCCACAGCAAGGACGCAGAGAUCUCGUCCCUGCUGUCCUGCAGAGACGGACAGAUGUCCGGAUACCUGGAACAGCUGCAGGCUAACCACCGCGCCCAGCUAGCCGUGUACGAGGACCGGCUAGCCUCUUCGCGCUACCAGAGAGAGAAGGCCGACAAAGAGCUGAGAGGCCUUGAAGCGAAGGUGAAGAGCCUGCAAGGCAAAGUGAACACGUCCAUCCAGGAGAAGGACCAGGCGGCUGCCAAGAUGGAGUCCUUCAAGAACUCCAUGGUGUCCCUGCAGAGCGAACGGGAGCGACUGACGUCCGAAUACAGGAUGCUCGAAGCUAAGAGCCAGUUGGGGUUAAAGGGCAAGGACGGCUCGGCCGACGGCGAAGGAGGCGCCGCCAAAGGCCUCAAGCACGAAAUACGGAAGCUGCUGCAUCAGAUGGAUGAUCUCAACUCGGAGAACGCCAUGCUCCGGGCUCAACUGGUCCGGUACCGAGAGGAUCUGAACCAGGUCUUGUUCCUGAAGGACAACCAGCUGAAGGUGCUGCUGAAGAAGCAGACGGAGGUCAUCAGAGACCUGGAAAACCAAAAAGCUGCAGCCGAGCAGCAGCACACGGAGUCUCGGGGAGAACUAUUGAAGGAAGAAGAGGCGCAUAAUGUUUUAAGGGCGGAGGCGUCGGAACUCAAAGCUCAGGUUGUGCGUCUGGACGCCGACCUGUUGACCCUGAAACAGGAAAGAGGCGCGACCGAAGAAGGCAAAGUCAUCGCUGACCUGCAGGAAGCCGUCACAGCCAAGGCGGCCGAGUGCAACGACCUCCGGCAGAAGCUCCUUUCUCAGAAAGUCCAAACUGAGGAGCUGAGGGACAAAAUGCAGCGGCUGGAGAGCGAGACGGACAAAAGGCUGUCCGAGGCUGAGGACAAGUACAACCGCGAGCUGGACGCCUCGGAGCGCCAAGCGGAGCUCAUGAGGACUGAGCGGGACACGGCGGACCUCAGGGCGGCCGAGCUCGCCAAAGAGCUGCAGGAGACGGAGCGGCGGUUGUGGGACGGCCGGGCUCAGCACGAGUCCAUGAGCGGGGCCAUGGCCGCCCUGCAGAGCGACCGGGACCAAGCUCAUCCAGGACUUCAAGGUCCUGAGAGCGGCUACGACGAGGAGUUCCGGGAGGACCCGGGUGGCCGCGGGCAGGCGGAGCGCCGCCUUCGGGACGCUACCGCCGAACAGGCCGCGUUGGCCGCGAGAGGGACGUCCUGGCUCGGAAGGCGGCGGCCUUGGAGAGCGGAGGCGCCUCGUCGGAGCUGAGCGGGCUGCUGGACCAGCUCUCCGAGGAGCUGG